GAGGGCAGAACACUCCUCCUCAGGGUUUUCUGCUCAGCUUCAAACUUCAAACUUGACGUGUGAACAACAACGAGAUUAAAACGCUUCUCCGCUUCUUCAGGAGUGAACAGAACCAUUCUGGAGGGGGGACAUGCAGGACUCCAGAGAGACCGGCUCGAGGGUCUCGGACCCCCAGCACUCCCAGAAGCUGCUCCGAGUCCUCCGCGCCUUCUGGCAGGAGAAGAGCUUCCACGAUGCUCUGCUGGUGGUGGAUGGAGAGGAGCUUCCUGUCCAGAAGAACAUCCUGGCGGCGGCGAGUCCCUACAUCAGGACCAAGCUGAACUACAACCCCCCGAAGGAAGACGGGUCCACGUACAGAAUCGAGCUGCAGGGCGUCUCCAUGGCAACGAUGAAACAGAUCCUCGACUACAUCUUCUGUGGUGAAAUCCGUCUGAGUGAGGAGACCAUCCAGGACAUGGUGCAGGCGUCCGACCUGCUCCUCAUGACCGACCUCAAGUCGCUGUGCUGUCAGUUCCUGGAGAGCUGCAUCACCGCCGAGAACUGCAUCGGCAUCCGGCUCUUCUCUCUGCACUACUGCCUCCACCACGUGCACUACGCCGCCACCGAGUUCCUGCAGACGCACUUCCGUGACGUGGGGCUCACCGAGGAGUUCCGGGAGCUUCCCCGGGAGCGGCUCCGCGAGCUGCUCGCCAUGGAGAAGCUGAACGUGGGCAACGAGAAGCACGUGCUGGAGGCCGUGGUGCGGUGGCUCGCCCACGACCCCGAGGACCGACGGGUUCACAUGAAGGAAGUGAUGUCUUCAGUCUGGCUGCAGGCUCUGGACCUGAGCUACCUGAGAGAGCAGGCCAUGGGGGAGCCUCUGAUGAGGGAGGUGAUCAGAGAGCACUGCCAGCCCGUGCUGGGCGACGCCCCCCCGCAGGGCGAGGCGCUGCUCGCCGCCUUCAAACCCAGAGGCUACUCCGAGUGCAUCGUUCUCGCCGGAGGAGAAGAUCGCAAAAGCCGGAGGACGACGGCGGCGACGCGCUGCAUGUGUCCGCUGUACGACAGCAACAGACAGGCCUGGAUCGAGCUGCAGGCCAUGAGCGUCGCCCGCAUCGGCCACGGCGUCGUGGCUGCAGAGGGUUUCCUGUUUGUGAUGGGCGGAGCCGAUGAGAACAACACAGUCCUGGACAGUGGAGAGAAAUAUGACCCUGACUCCAACACCUGGAGCCCCAUACCCCCCAUGCUUCAGGCUCGUCAGAACUUUGGCGUGGUGGAGCUGGACGGGCUGAUCUACGUCCUGGGAGGAGAGACCAAGGAGACGGAGCUGAUCACUGUGGAAGCCUUCGACCCUCACAUCAACACCUGGAAGCUGCAGACCAGUAUGACCAUGAUCCGUAAGGUCGGCUGCUACGCCUCCAUGAAUAAGAAGAUCUACGCCAUGGGGGGGGGCUCCUACGGGAAGCUGUUUGACUCUGUGGAAAGUUUUGACACCAAAACUCAGCAGUGGACCGGCCUCUGUCCUCUGAAGGAGAGAAGGUUUGGUUCGGUGGCGUGUGGCGUCGGCCAGGAGCUCUACGUGUUCGGUGGCGUGCGAAGCCAAGAGCCUGACAACCCGGAGCAGAGGCAGAUGACCACCUGCAAAUCUGAGUUCUACCACGACGAGAUGAGAAGGUGGAUGUUACUGGACGACCAGAGUCUGUGUAUCCAGACCAGCUCGUCCUUCGUCUACGGCGCCGUGCCCAUCGGCGCCAGCGUCUACGUGGUGGGAGACCUGGACACGGGAACGAGCUUCGACUACAUCCGCGAGUUCCGCCGCAGCACGGGCACGUGGCACCGCACCAAGCCCAUGUUGCCCAGCGACCUCUCCAAGACGGCGUGCGCGGCCCUGCGCAUCGCCAACUGCCGGCUGUUCCGCCUGCAGCUGAGUCAGGGCAUGUUCCGCAUCUGAGGCGGACGCCCGGACGCCGGCUGGUCGUCUCCACGCUGCUCCACCUUUGCACACUGGUACUUCCUCCCUGUUGUAGUAGACGUAUGAACACUAAAGUAUUGUAAUCGCUACAUGCUGACGGUCGGGGGGGUGAACCUGAGAUCAUUUUGCUUUAUGACUCGACAGGACACAAGUUCAUCUUAACACAUUUUUAACACUGUAGGUCUUAUUGCAAUUUGAUUUACCUAAAUAUGUUUUUUUCUUUUUAACGUGGAAUUUGAAGCUUUUUCAAGUUUUAUUUUAAUGUUUUUUCGUCGUUUAUUAUGUUUACAUUUGGUUGGUUGAGGGUUUUUAACUGAAAAUUGCAAAUUGAUGAAAUUAUGUUUAUGGAGCAGACGUCUGAGCAGAGCUGCUGUGGUGUAGCUGCAUGUUAGAAUCUGGUGUGUAGUACGAACGGUGGUGGACAUCAAUCAAUCAAUCAAGUUUUAUUUGUAUAGCCCAUAUUCACAAAUCACAGUUUGUCUCAUAGAGCUUUAACAUGGUGAGACAUCCUCUGUCCUUCACCCUCAGCAAGAGUCAGGACAAACUACUAAAAACCCUUUUAACAGGUGAAGACACGUAGAAACCUCAGAGAGACACAUGUGAGGAUCCGUCUCCCAGGACGGACACAAGUGACACAGAUGUGUAGAGGAGAACAUCAUCAGGAGAAAGGUUUCAGCAGCAAUGAUGAGGGGAAACAUGUUGAAGGAUAACUUCAAUACUAUAAGUGAAGCAGUCCUGCUGCAUCAUAGUCUCUGGUCAGCAGCAGGAUCAUGAUCCAGCAUCAAGAUCAGAUCCACUAUAGUCCACAGUCAUUGUCCACUGUCUUCAGUUAGGAUCCAUCAUCAGCUGACAUAAACGAUCUGGACUUUAACAAAGC